GUAUUCAUUAUACUUUGUAUCUUACAUAUAGUAUAUUCCAUAUAUCAAAUAUUAUAUUUAAAAAAAACAAUGAGAAGCGUACAAAAAUAAAACAAAAUGAUAGGCGAAGAAGCUAGGUGGCGUCAAAGUCUUGGGCAAAUAAAGAAGUUAGUCCUGUAGCGCUACACUAAGCUAAAACAGAUAUAACUAGCAGAAAAAGUGUUAAGUUAAAUAAAUACUCGGCACCAGAAAUGCACCCUGUCAAGCUAAUUCGUUUGAGCCCGGAUUAAAGGGUCAGCACUUGUACUAUCCAAGCUUUUCAAACUUACUGGGUUUUAUGAAUCACCUGGCAUUCUUGUUAACAAUACAGAUUUCCAGGUGACUCCGGUGUAGAUCCCGAUUCUGUGGGUGUAGGAAGCAGCCUGGGAAACGGUAUUUCAUAGGUUCGGUGGCGCCUAGCCCCACUUGGCAGGGAGAAACCGUUCCGCCCGCCUGCUAAUGGACCUGGCGCUAGUGGGCGGUGGACAUACCCGAUCAGCCCCGGCCGGCUCGGGGAAGCCCGCCACGAGGUGGGAGGACCCCCCCGCCCCGCCACGGUCAGCACAGUAAAUUCAACCAAACUAGCCCGACAGUCACCCCCCUUUCCCGGAACUGGUCUCUUAAGCCAGUUUCAGAGAGGCACUGAAUGGCAGAAAUCUAAAUGAAAGGAAAUAAUUACGGCACUAGGUGAUUAAUUCUAGGCGACUUAAAACCGCGCAGACUCGUCUUUGGGCCCUCCCCUCUCGUCCCAGGUGUCUACCAGCGCUCUUUCCCCGCCUCCCUCAGAGAACGCGAAGAAGAGAAGAAUCGCGAGAUACGGACGCGGGGCGUGGCCCCACCCUGACCAGUGGAAACAGAGGGCGUAGCACUGAGCCUUUCUUUUAUUGGCCCAGGGUCCCCAGGCCCGGUCUAGCAGCGCUGAGGCGGAAGUCGCGCGGGCGCCGGAACGCGCGCUGAGCCACGGGUGCUGCAGCAUCCAAGCCGCCGUCAUGGUGCGGAAGCUUAAGUUCCACGAGCAGAAGCUGCUGAAGCAGGUGGACUUCCUGAACUGGGAGGUCACCGAUCACAACUUGCACGAGCUGCGCGUGUUGCGGCGUUAUCGGCUGCAACGGCGCGAGGACUACACGCGCUACAACCAGCUGAGCCGUGCUGUGCGCGAGCUAGCGCGGCGCCUGCGGGACCUGCCGGAGCGCGACCCGUUUCGCGUGCGCUCCUCGGCCGCGCUGCUGGACAAACUGUAUGCUCUCGGCCUAAUCCCCACGCGCGGGUCUCUGGAGCUCUGCGAUUUCGUCACGGCCUCGUCCUUCUGCCGCCGCCGCCUGCCCACCGUGCUCCUUAAGCUGCGCAUGGCGCAGCACCUCCAGGCCGCCGUGGCAUUCGUGGAGCAGGGUCACGUGCGCGUGGGCCCCGACGUGGUCACCGACCCCGCCUUCCUUGUCACGCGCAGCAUGGAGGACUUCGUCACCUGGGUUGACUCGUCCAAGAUCAAGCGGCACGUGCUGGAGUACAAUGAGGAGCGUGAUGACUUCGAUCUGGAAGCCUAGCGGGUCUUCCCUCGCCAAGACUGCAUUUUAUUGGUGGGGAAGCUGAGACCUGAUGCCUGAGAAUCUGUGAAGGCGCCCUCCCCAAGAGUGUGUCAGCCAAGAACUUGGCUCCUCAGCUACAGGCCCUCACAGAGCCAAAGGGUACGCCCUUUUUCCACAAAAUUUUCUUAGCCUUUGGACAAUUGGUAAUUAAAUGACUGCCUUAAGAGACAAUGGGAAGCGGUUUUGCGCUGCCCUGGGGAAUUGUUACAUUCUUGUACCUGAAACAUUGUAGUGUGAAAGCAAUGACUUUUGGCGGGGGGGGGGCCUACCCCCGGGGGCUACCCCCGCCCCCAGCUUUCCUUUCAUUUCUUUGUAGCAGGACAGUUUAGUUUAAUUUGUAUUUAACCCGAAUUCUUGCGCUUGUUCGUGAUUAAGCUGUGUACAGAUGUUGGAGAGUUUGGUCUCAAGUUUUCAUAUAAAGUGGAUGAGAUUUUAGUGUUCAGAGUCCUUUCUCUUGUUUAAAGGAAUGCUCUCCUAAUGCCAAUAACUGGCCUAACUGCUCUUUAA